UCCGCACGACGAUGCCACACACAGAAAUUCAGUUCAAUGCGAAAUUUUGUUUGAACCAGACGCGAAAUUUCUUAACGCUGUGUGGCCAAAAAUACAAAUUCCGUAGGGAAGUUCGUAAAAAUGGUCAACUAAAAGAGUUGAGUGCCCGAUAAAAAAAAAACAAUAAAACAUUAUUUACCACAAAAAAAAAAUAAAUAAAAAGGUGCAUAAGAAAAAAGGCUAACAAUUAAUUUGGCAUAUAAAUCCAGACGUUGUGCGUGCAUUUUCAAGACACUUGUAAGACAAGAUAACCUGACUAAACGAAACUCAUCGAAGUCAAUCGCCUCCAGUGAAAUUGCUGGUCAAUUGGCAGUGCCGCUUGUUUAACACUUUUUUAACACCGAACUCAAUUCCAAUUUGAAUUCGAAGUGUAAUUUCGAUUUCCAUUUCGAGUGCACAAUAUUCAAUUGGAAUUGCAAUUGCAAUUCAUGCCACGGCAAGUAGUUUGGACAAUGCCAGACUGAGGCGCAAUCAUGCUACACUUAAGGCUAUUCGAUAGCUCGCUCUACGACACGCUGGCCUCCGAUCCGGAAUCCUCGGAGAUGGCAGUUGCCACCUCCGCGGAAAGGUCGUUCAAUGCCAGCGAGGAGGACGUAGACGGUGCGUCCUUGGCACCCACCGACAUGGCGGCAGUUAAUCUGACAUAUUUCUCACCUGCGCUAUCACACGUGAUGCUGGCGCAAACAACGACAGCAUCGGACACAAUGAACCUGACGCUAGAGGAAGGAUUGGGCAACUCCACGACCAGCGAAGUUGAUAAAUUAAAUUCGUUCUUCUUUUUUGAGACCGCACAAUUUGCACUUCUCUGGAUCCUGUUCACCACAAUCGUCGUGGGAAACUCGGCGGUACUUUUUGUGAUGUUCAUCAACAAGAAUCGGAAAUCGCGGAUGAACUACUUUAUCAAGCAGCUGGCCUGGGCAGAUCUGAGCGUGGGAUUGCUCAACGUGCUAACGGACAUUAUAUGGCGCACCACAAUUGAGUGGCGGGCGGGCAACGUGGCCUGCAAGGUCAUCCGCUUCUCGCAGGUGUGGGUCACAUACUCAUCCACCUACGUGCUGGUGGCCAUGAGCAUCGACAGAUACGACGCCAUCACACACCCGAUGAACUUCUCAACGUCGUGGAAAAGGGCGCGACAUAUGGUAGCCGGUUCGUGGAUCCUCUCUGCAUUAUUUUCGAUGCCCAUCCUGGUGUUGUACGAGGAGAGGCUCAUCCAGGGACGGAAGCAGUGCUGGAUUGAACUGGGCACCCCACUAGCCUGGCAAGUGUACAUGAGUAUGGUUUCCACCGCUCUAUUUGUGGUCCCCGCUUUGAUCAUCUCCGCCUGUUAUGCAAUCAUCGUGAAGACGAUUUGGGCCAAGGGAUCCAUAUUCGUUCCCACAGAGCGUGCUGGAUUUGGGGCGGCACCAGCAAGACGGGCUAGUUCAAGGGGCAUCAUUCCUCGGGCCAAGGUCAAAACGGUCAAGAUGACUCUGACCAUCGUGUUUAUGUUCAUCAUCUGCUGGUCGCCCUUCAUCGUCUUCGAUCUGCUCCAAGUCUACGGACAGAUUCCGUACUCGCAAAACACUAUCGCCAUCGCCUCCUUUGUCCAGAGCAUGGCACCAUUAAAUUCGGCAGCCAAUCCGCUGAUUUACUGCCUCUUUUCCUCGCAGGUCUUUCGCACUCUGAGUCGCUUUCCGCCCUUCAAGUGGUUAACCUGCUGCUGCAAGUCGUACCGCAACAACUCGCAGCAGAACCGCUGCCACACAGUGGGUCGCCGAUUGCACAACAGUUGCGAUUCGAUGAGGACGCUGACCACCUCGCUAACCGUUUCCCGGAGGUCCACCAACAAGACCAAUGCCCGAGUGGUCAUCUGCGAAAGACCCACCAAGGUGGUUACCGUGCCGGCCAUGUCGGAGGUAUGAUAGCUGGCCCACACAACCCGCAAGAGAUCCGCUUUCGCGAUCCACGGACCCACAUCCUUCAGCGACGCAGAGUUCCUUUAAAUGGAGAACGGGUCCAUCCUGUGAAUGCACCAGAGGCUUAGACAAUAAGUUCGAUAGUUGUAGCAUGCAUAGAGAAAGCCAAAUGUAAGUCCUAAGUCGUAAGUAUGGCAAGUCUACGGUACGAAUUUCAAACCUAUAGUUCAAGUAAUGCAUGAUCUAGAGUGGCAUUUGUAUGACUUUUUAUGAAUACUAAUUAUAUAGUAAGAAUCUACAAAAGUAGUAAUAAUUAUUUACGAAUUCCUCGUAUAGAUGUCACAGAAAUGUUGCUUUUGUAUUGUUUUGCAUAUUUAUUAUUUCAACAAAUGCUUUUCGUAAUUCAAACAUUUAUUAGCUAAUUAUAUAAGUUUUAAAUUAUUAAAGGUACUCUGGUAUUGUCCAUUAUACGAUUUUCUGUGACACGUAUUAAAACUGGGAGCGACUUUCAAGGCAAUCGAUCUUAAUAUUAUAAACAUUUUUGCGAGACCCCUGAGAGACUAGGUUUCAGUCCAUUUAUAAGCUUACUUUAGACGCUCUUUUAGUUUUAUUCUAUUUAACAGACUGAUUUUAUUUAUGUGUGACUCACGGACAUUUACCAGAAAUUUAAAAUGCAUUUCUUUGCAGACCUAACUAGCUGUUAAGCCCAUUUAAAUUCCAACUUAUCCAAAUAUAUAUAGCCACUCCUAAUGGUGUAUAAACAUGCCCAAGCAUCUUAAACCAAAACCCAUUAAGCAUAAGUAUAUCAUAAGAGUUAAUAGAGCAUAACGUUGUAGUCAAUUUGGUUUAAGAUAAUAUUUAUUUCAUAA